AUGGACUUCCCUUCUAAUCCAAUCGUUAUCGUAGGAGGCGGAUUGGCUGGCCUCUCUGCUGCUCACCAGGCUUACCUUCGUGGAGCCAACAUCGUGUUACUUGACAAACAAGGCUUUCUCAGCGGAAAUAGUGGAAAGGCGACCUCGGGAAUCAAUGGUGCUCUCACUAGAACUCAAGUUGCAUCGUCAAUUCCCGAUUCGGUGGAGCAAUUUUACCAGGACACCUUGGCUACUGCCAAAGACAGAGCAAAUCCAGCUCUCAUCAAGGUAUUGACGUACCAUAGCGCCGACGCGGUCCAUUGGCUCCAGGAAGUAUUCGACUUGGAUCUUUCGGUUGUGUCUCGUCUUGGUGGACAUUCUCAGCCUCGUACGCAUCGUGGAAAGGAUGCUAAAUUUCCAGGUAUGGCCAUCACUUACAGGCUUCUCGAAACUUUAGAGAACUUGGCGAAUACUGAGCCAGAGAGAGUAAAGAUCCUUAAAAACACCCAGGUCAUUGAUUUGAUUCUAGAUGAUGACAACAAGACCGUGGUGAAGGGAGUCAAGUUCAAGGAUUUAAAAUCUAAAACGAAGGACACUGUAAUGGGUCCUGUGAUUAUGGCCACUGGAGGCUACGCAGCUGACUUCACGAAGAAUUCCCUUUUGAGAAAGUACAGACCCGAUAUCAUUGAUCUUCCUUCAACAAAUGGUAAUCACGCAACUGGAGAUGGCCAGAAGAUCAUUAUGAAGAAUUCAGGUAUUGGAAUCGACAUGGAUAAAGUGCAAGUGCAUCCAACCGGACUCAUUGACUAUGAGGAUAAGGAUGUGAUUUCAGGUAAAUCACAGCCACGUUUUCUCUUCUUGGGUGCGGAGGCACUUAGAGGCGAAGGAGGUAUCAUUCUCAACAAUAAGGGUGAAAGGUUCUGUGACGAAUUGGGCACUCGUGACUACGUGAGUGGAGAAAUGCAAAAGCAGAUUGAACUUGGCAACGGACCUUUGCGGUUGGUGUUGAAUACGGAAAGUGACAAGAAGUUGGAAUUUCACAUAAAGCACUAUAAGCAAAGAAAAUUGAUGCGGACUAUUUCCGGAGAAGAGUUGGCCUCAGAAAUUGGCUUUCCAAUCUCUAAAUUGCAAGAAACAUUGAAGGAAUACAAUAAGGCAGCCAGUGGAGAGAUCAAGGAUCCAUUUGGGAAGAAAUACUUCCCGACUACUCCAUAUGCUAUGGAACCCAAUAACCAGUAUCAUGUCUCAUUUAUCACCAGAGUGCUUCACUUCACUAUGGGCGGAGUAAAGAUCAAUGACAAAGGACAAGUGCUUGUCUCUGACGGUGAUUCGGAAAAGGCAUUUACUGGUUUGUAUGCUGCUGGUGAGGUUGCUGGCGGUGUCCAUGGACACAACAGAUUGGGAGGCUCAUCUUUGCUAGCAUGUGUGGUCUACGGAAGAUUGGCAGCGGACCAGGCCACGAGUUUCUUGAUGAAGAGGUUGGUGUCAAACUCUGCAGUGAACAGAUUGCUGCAAAUUAGUCUCCACAUUGACCCUGUUUCGAAGAGAAUCACUGUUGAUUUCGACGAUGGUCCAGGAGCUGCAACUCCUCAACAUCAACGGUCUGACAAGCCACAGCCUGCUAGUUCCACUAAGGGAAGAUCAGACAAGCGGGAAUAUUCUCAAUUCAGGAUCCCAUCUAAGGAGUUUACUCCAGAAGAAGUAGCUAAGCACAAUAAAGAGGAUGAUUGCUGGGUGAUUGUGAAGAAUGUUGUGUUGGACUUGACUUCAUUUUUGAACGACCAUCCUGGAGGGAAAGAAUCCAUUGUGAAGUUCGCCGGACAGGAUGCUACAGAGAGUUUUGAUAUGCUUCAUGAAGACGAUGUGAUCGCAAGAUACGCUCCGUCAUGUGUUUUGGGCCGUGUGAAAGGCAAGACGCCCAUGCUUGAGAUCAAAGAGUAG